GGUACUUUCGCCAAAUUGGAAACGAUUUCGACAACUGAUUAAACAGCAGAAGUUUGGCAACAUACCCUCUGGUUUGCCCCGCGCACAAAAACAUCAAAGCCGCCGCCCUAAUACGGAUCUAGGCGGUGUUAAAACAGCCGUGAGGAAGGCAGCGCCUCUUUUGUGGUCUCAGUUCGGCUAGUACACGGUCUACAGUAGUACGGACGGACGGGCACGUACAACCGGGAAUAUCAGACCAUGGCGACACCAGUGAGAGCGUGGGUAGUGCUGACAUGGCUGGCCGUCACCGUGCACGGACAUGUCCGGCUAACCUUCCCGCCCGCCCGAUGGUUUGACUUCGACUUUCUGGACAACGUACACGGGACCCAGGGGCCGUGUGGCAUGGCUUCUUCAGAUCCUCCGGAGAUCACAUACCUGCCCCUGAACACGGAUGUAGUGGUGGAGUGGCACGAAGCUUACGUUCACACGGGCGGGUUCAAACUCGAGCUUCUGACGGGUGAAUCAGACGAGAACCCCGCCCUGCUCACUCCUGAUGACGGGAACGGCUACACGGGGGCUGACGACGCCACGAGGCAGAAUUAUACCGUGCAGUUCAGCUCAGCGUGCGCGAACUGCACUCUCCGUCUAACCCGCCAGGCGGCGGAGUGGACAACUGCCGGUGGUGGCGACUACGUUUUCUACAGCUGCUCUGACGUCACCAUAGAUGACGCUGCUGCCAUAUUUGCUGAAGACAAGUGUAACGCUGCCAGGUGUUCUGGGCACGGCACCUGCAGCGAUGACCGCUCCACCUGCACCUGCGAGCACCUGUACACGGGAGACAGGUGUCAGUUCAGAGACGGUUGUGAGACGGACGCUGACUGUGGUGACCAUGCCGUGUGUGUGAGAGUCUCCAUGACGAACUACCCCAUGAACCGAUGUUUCUGCGAGGCAGGCUGGUUCGGGGAGACUUGUUCCUCAAGCUCUGACAUCACCACCACUGACGUGGAUACUAGUGACUAUUUCCACAGGGAGCUGACGGACGGGUUUGACCUGUACUGGAAGAUUAUCCAGACCUCCAGUGAGAUAGAAGUGAUGCUACAAGCAGAGGGUAUGGGCUGGGUGGCGGUGGGGUGGAGGCCGUCAGGUCUAACCUCCACGUGUCGAGAUUUUCCGGUGAACUACGCUGGGUACGAGGGUGUCAAACCUGCGAGGGCAGAGGAAGAGGAGCCUUUCGUGACGAGCCAGCGGUCUGCACGCAGCGUUCGGCGGUACACUCGGCAGGCUUCGGCUGAGCCCGAACCCGAAGCUGAGUCCGUCGUCCCUGACCAAUGCGUAACGGCAGAGCCAGAAGCUGAGCCGGAAAGUGAACCGGAAGCCACACCGGAACCGGAAAGCGAACCUGAAGGAACUGCAGAACCGGAACCGGAAGGAACUGCAGAACCGGAAAGUGAACCGGAAGGAACUGCAGAACCGGAAAGUGAACCGGAAGGAACUGCAGAACCGGAAAGUGAACCGGAAGGAACGGCCGAAGCGGAACCGGAGCCAGAGGGAGAGCCGGAAAAUGGCGGCGGUUCUCUCCACGCUAUGGACUGUACAGACAUGGUGAUCGUGGUGACCCGCGGGGCCGUGUACCGUGUGGAUGACUGUUACACCCGGGACCGCUCCACGCCCCGCCGGGACAGGUGGUACGGGGACGGCGGAGGGGACAGCCUCACCGCUGCCAUCGCCAAGGAGGAGAACGGCAUCGUCACGGCCAGGUUCAGGAAGAAGCUUCACGCUGACGAGUCGCAGGACCACGGGAUUGACAUGUUACCGAUGCACGUGAUCUGGGCACGUGGUCAGGAGCCGGGCGGGUACAGUCACGUGCCCAACUCCGCCAUCGAGACAUGCGCAGUCAGCGACUACGCCUACUACCAACCGGACGAGCUCAAGUACCACGGCACUGCGCAGACGCAGAGGGGCGCCCUUACCAUGAACUUCUUUGAGAACCCGGACAGUCCCUCGGGCUCCACGGCGUGCCUGGGUAGUUACAGCAGUCCCGAGGGUUGUCAGGGAGCGGCCUGUGACUACUCCGCCAGCUGGUGGUAUGAUGAGACCACGGACAAGAUCAUGUUUGACGUCAUGGGCCGGCAGAGCAGCGACCGCUGGAUAGGGCUGGGAUUCUCCACAGACCAGUCCAUGACCGAUGCUGAUGCAGUAGUGGGGUGGUGGAACGACGAUGGGACUGUGACCAUCACCGACAGAUGGCUGUCAGCCAAGUCCACCACAGGUGUCGGUGUGGAUGACACUGACGAUCUGGAGGGGAAGGAAGGCUCCUAUGUGGACGGAGUCCUCCGCAUCAAAUUCACCCGUGCUCGGGCAACAGGUGAUGAAUCUGAUCUGUCCUUUGUCGACAACUGCCUCCACAUGUUCUUCGCGCAGGGCGGGACCUUCAACCAGGCUGACCUGUCAAUCACCAAGCACCAGGCCACGCCCAUCGUCUCUGUCAAUGAGAUCUGCAUCGCUCGCUGUGUUUCCGGUUCCUGUGUGCUGACUGUAUCCUGGGUGCUGCUCGUGUCCCUGUUGGCUGUCACAGCGCACGCGCAGUGGUGGUGAGAAAGAGAGAAACUCGGCAGAUGUACAUGUACAUGCAUCGAUUACUUGAUAAAGGUCACAUAUCUAGAAGGACACAUUUUAUCAGGUUGGCGGUGUUGCAUUCAUUUAUGUGACCACGAUUAAACGUUUACGUCGAUAUGUGAUCAACAAAUACCUCAGUACGUGCACGGGCUUGCUUGAAUUACUAUGUUACUACAACCCUGCUUGAUGUGCUUGAAUUGCUUAUUUGCCAUUGGUUAUUUUUGUUUCCAACUUUGCAGUUGUGAUAUCUUGUAUAUAAUGGGUAGCCAUAGUACGCUUAUGCUCAUGCACCGUUGCAUGACGGGUAAACUCUCAUUAUGCAUGCCGCGGAAAGGAGUCAGAAUUCAGUCGCAAGGAGGGACAUCUUCUGUUAGUAGCCUGGGUGCCAUGCUUGAGUCUACAUGUUUACUAAGUCUAAUACUAUCGUAUCGGAUCAUGUGUUGAACAAAUUUUGUAUGUACGAGAUUUUGGUCCAUAUGUUCCUCCUUAUAACACACUACA